AUGACUGAUAAAGCUUUCGAACCAAGUAAUGAUGGAGACAUAGAAAUGUCUGAAGAUGUAAAAAAUAAACCAGAACAAUCAGUUGAGAUUACUUCUGAUUGUUCUAAAAUCGAUAAAAAUAAACCGAUAGGUUUAUUCAGUACAAAUUUUGUAUUAAGACAACGAUUUGGUUUAGGAAUUGCAUUGUACUUUGAUUUUUUAUAUUAUGUUUUAGUUUCUGAUUUGGUAAUUGGAGCAGGAAUAGUAUUUGUAUGGUCAAUUCAAUCAGAAUUUGCAUCAGUAACAUCUAAUCCAUUAACUUUAUUAUAUAUUGAAGCAUAUGGAUCAGGACAAUUUAACUAUUAUUUUUUCUUUAUUACAAAUAUACUAUUUUUCAUUGUAUGUCUUGGACAAGGACUAUAUUAUUCUAUUACUAGAAGAAAUAUUAUUAAAAGAGAAUAUGAAAAAGAAAAAAUGUUAAUGGAUAUUGAUGAAGACUUUUUUCAAAAAAUUAAUAUGCCAACUGAAAGAGAUAAAGAUGGUUCAAUGAUUCAAAAAGGAAAAUCAUCUUGGUUUAUUAGAAAAAUAUGGAAAUUUAUAUCAUAUUUUAUUUUUAUGGUAUUUACACUAAUUUUUUGUACUAUCCUUGUUGUUAUUAUUAAGUUUAAACCAGACCAAGAAAGUAUUCAAAGAUUUGUUGAUAAUCAAAUGCAACAAAUUAAUUUCCCAUUAUUUUCAUUUUAUGAUAUUUUAGUAUCUGUUUUAUUGUUUAUUUUCUAUCAAAUAUUAAGAAUUAUUGCUCAGUUAGUCUCUCUUAUUGAAAGACAUAAGAAAUAUAUUGGAUAUGUUAAAGAUAGAACCAUUAAAUACUUUAUUGGAAAAAUCUUUCUUGUAAUGUCAAUUUAUAUUACUAAUCGUAUUGUUAAAGUAGAUGUUGGUUGUCCAUUAGCACCAGCAGGCUCUACUUUCUUUACUGUUGUUUUAACAGAUUUAGUAUUAACAAACUUCUUUGGAAUAUUAUUCCCAUUUAUUAAAGUACAUUUCCCAAUUAUUAGUAGAGUUACUAUGAAAAUAUGUAAGUGUCUUAUGCCUUGCUGGAAAGAUAGUUUUGAUGAAAAUGAUAUUGCACCUCAAUUUGAAAUUGAAUCAGAAUAUUUUGAAAUUUAUUUCAGACAAUUUAAUAUCCUUAUUGGUUCAACAACUUCUCCAAUUCUUAUGUUAAUUGGUGCUUUAUCAUUUGCUAUUGAAUACGCUUGUGAUAAAAUUAAAUUAACUAAAUUCUGUUAUCAAACAAAGAAAACACCUGGAAUGAUGAUUCGAUUCAAUCAAUGGUUCUUAACAUUUACUUUUGUUCUUGCAUUUAUAUUAUGGCCAUAUGGUGGUUUUUGGAUAGUUUCAGGUGAUUUAUUUGGAUUAUUGAAUAAGAACUAUUGUGACUGCAGUCUGUUUAGAAGCAAAAACAAUUUCUUAUUGAUGCAAUGUUAA